GCACAGUCCCACAUUGAACACAACAGAGUUCAGAUCAGGUUUUUGCGUGUUCCUAUCCUUUCCAUAUAUUUUUUUCAAUCCUAAAUUUUACUUCGGGUCGAGUUCGUGUUUUACAAAUUUAUUUUUCGAAACUUCGGUAAAUUUGUCGAGUGAAAUGCUGUCGUCCGGAUCGGUUAAACUGUUGGCACUGGGCACGGCCGGGGCCCUAUUCAUUGGCUACUGCGUCUACUUCGACCGGAAGCGCACCUCGGCGCCGGACUACAAGAAGAGGGUCCACGAGCGGCGCGAGCGGGAGGCGAAUGCCGCGAAGGAGCAGCUAGCUGGGCUGGGGAUCAGCCGGGGCCGCCCAGGACUGGCCGGGGCGGCGCGCGGCAACGCGGACGACGACCAGCUGGAGAUGGAGAUGCAGAUGCAUUUCGUGAGCGAGGUGCAGAGGGGCGAGCGCCUCAUCAAAGAGGGUCACGUGGACCAGGGCCUCACCCACCUGUCCAACGCCAUCAUGCUGUGCGCCCACCCGGGCUCCCUCCUGGAGAUGCUCGAGGCCAAUCUCCCGGAGCAGCUGUUCCGUCCGCUCAUGAUGCGGCUGGCCGAGAUGAACCGGCGCGGCAGCAGCAGCGAGGCUUCCAGCGAGACGACCAGCGAGCAGCCCAGCGAGGACUCUGCCAGGGCCAGCAGCACCAGCGCCACCACCACCAGCGCCGCCACCAGUGGCGCCUCCCAGCUCGCAGCUGCCGUAGCGGCAGCGGCAGCGGCAGCGUCAGCGCCAGCGCCAUCAGCAGCUACGGCGACCCAACAGCCACAGCCCUAGAGCCCCAUUCCCGGAGUCCUCUGUGGCAGUGGUGCGGAGGACAAGGCGUGUGAAGCUCCACUCCUGCAUGCACUUGCAGACUGCAGUUUCAUGCACUUUACCCUCCCUCAUCUGCCCUCUGGCCCGUACGGAACGGAGCCGUGCGGAGCUGAACCGAGACUCAACAAAUCUUCGCAUAGUUAUAUUCAAAAUUAUCAGAAAAUAUAUAAAAAUAAAUAAAUAAGUAGACUAGCAA